AUGAAGGGCAAUGGCAGCGAGCUGCUCAACGCCUCUCAGCAGGCUCCAGGCGGCGGGGAAGGAGGGAGACAGCGGCCGUCGUGGCUGGCCUCUACACUGGCCUUCAUCCUCCUCUUUACCAUCGUGGUGGACAUCUUGGGCAACCUGCUGGUUAUCCUGUCUGUGUAUCGCAAUAAGAAGCUCAGGAAUGCAGGGAACCUAUUUGUGGUGAGUUUAGCUGCUGCAGACCUCGUGGUGGCUAUUUACCCCUAUCCCUUGGUGCUGACAUCUAUCCUUAACAAUGGAUGGAAUCUAGGAUAUCUGCACUGUCAAGUCAGUGCGUUUCUGAUGGGCCUGAGCGUCAUCGGCUCCAUAUUCAACAUCACGGGGAUCGCUAUGAACCGUUACUGCUACAUUUGCCACAGUCUCAAGUAUGACAAGAUAUACAGUAACAAGAACUCCCUCUGCUACGUGUUCCUGAUAUGGAUGCUGACACUCAUCGCCAUCAUGCCCAACCUGCAAACGGGAACUCUCCAGUAUGAUCCUCGGAUCUACUCCUGUACCUUCACCCAGUCUGUCAGCUCCGCGUACACGAUAGCCGUGGUGGUUUUUCAUUUCAUAGUGCCUAUGAUUAUUGUCAUCUUCUGCUACUUAAGGAUAUGGAUCCUGGUUCUUCAGGUCAGACGGAGGGUGAAGCCCGACAACAAACCCAAACUGAAGCCCCAGGACUUCAGGAACUUUGUCACCAUGUUCGUAGUUUUUGUACUUUUUGCCAUUUGUUGGGCCCCACUCAAUUUCAUAGGUCUUAUUGUGGCCUCAGACCCUGCCACCAUGGGCCCCAGGAUCCCAGAGUGGCUGUUCGUGGCUAGUUACUACCUGGCGUAUUUCAACAGCUGCCUCAACGCGAUUAUAUAUGGGCUACUGAACCAAAAUUUCAGAAAGGAAUACAAAAAGAUUAUCGUCUCACUGUGCACAGCCAAGAUGUUCUUUGUGGACAGUUCAAAUGAUGAAGCAGAUAAGAUUAAAUGUAAGCCCUCUCCACCAAUAACCAAUAAUAAUUUAGUAAAGGUGGACUCUGUGUAA